AAUAUUUUCUCGAUGAUUAAAUCGAUCGGAUUCUGUGGUAAUAAAACUGUAACUCGUGUACAUUUUUCUGUUGUUCUGUAAGUACGUUAUAGAUGAGCUGGAAAAUAUAAAAGACGACGGAAAACUUCAUAAAAUCGUCAAUUGCGGAUUGAAAAAUUAAAAAAAUGGAACUUUUCUACAGAUUGGCAUUUGUUUUAAUCUUUUUUGCAGGCAUUAUAAACCAAAGCGAAGGUGGAAAUGUGUUUGGCAUCAUUUCAACGCCCGUCAUUGAGCCAGAGGUCAAUGCAAACCAAUCGCAUUUGCCAUAUGAAUUAAUCGACGAAAUUCUCAUCCGAGCUGGAUUCGAAACAACGAAGAAUGCAGCACAUGCAAAAAUGAGAUCCGGAGAAGCAAUUAAAAGAAUAUUUGCAAAUCGCACAAUCAGACUCAUACCACAUCAAUAUGACAAAGUCACUGACUGUGAACGAGAAGGCGAUGUUUGUCUUUUAAUCGAGGAUCAUGAGAGAACAAUGAAACUCUUUCGAUACUUUGGUGAACAUGUCAGGCGAAUUGAUGUGAAUUAUGUUUCAGUGGAUGACCAUGUGUGUCACGAUAUAAAUGAAAAUAUUAUCAAAAAAUAUGCAAAACAAUUGACAGAGCUUAAACUUUACACUCCUUGGGAAUUAUCACAAGAAUGUUGGCAAGAUAUCUCGAAUGAAAAUGGAGAAAUUCAUUUUCCAGAAAUGAAGAAGUUUGAAUACGACGGUCGAAUCACCAAAAACCCAUUCGAUGUGCAUUCAAUAUUUCCCAAACUUGAAAUUUUCAAAUUGGAAGGUGAAGUGGACGACAUAAACUGCUUGGCAAAUGUGCGACACCUGAAGGAGUUAUCACUUGACACUGAAGAAUCAUUAGGAGAAGAUCAACUAGUACACAUUAUCGCAAACAAUAAACAAUUAACUAAGCUCUCACUUUCGGGUCAACAUACAAUAAGAACUAUCCGCUCGAUUGACAAACAUUUAAAAAACUUGAAAACACUUAAUGUCAACAAUGUUGGAAAGGAAUUUUAUGCUCCACCAACUAAUAAGGUGUAUAAUUUUACAUCAGUAACUAGUUUCAGUGCAACCGUUAAAGGAUUAGAUGAAUUAUAUGGAGAUAUUCCAUUUGACAUGCCCAACUUGGAAAAUCUCGAUUUGGAUAGCGGACGCGACAUUCUUUCCAAUACAUGGUUUGAUCAUCGAAUCACUAAUUUUAUCAAUCGCUUCCAUAAAUUGGAAACUGUAUUUUUGGAGGGAUUAAUUGAAGAUAGUUACAUGAAUUGUAUUGAAUCGUUAACUCAUGUUAAAGAAUUUGGUGCAAUUAUUUUUGGUGAAAUUCAACUGUCAUCGUUGACAGUAUUCUUUGAAAAUUUUGAUAAAACAAAAUCAAAUUUGAAAACCAUAAAGAUUUUUAAUUUUGAUGAUUUCGAAUACCCUCUUUAUAAAAAAAAAAUGGACAAAAUAAAUAAUCACUUAGAGGAGUCUAUGAAACCAACAUGGCAAAUAUCUUGUGAACAUGGAAAGCAGUGGAAUACAUAUACACCAUAUUACUUGAAGUUUGAACGUGAUCCAUAAAUUCAAGAGUAAUCAAGUUUCCUUUUCAAUUUCAAAACUUCGUUAAAAAUUAGUUUUAAAAAAAUAUUUGAGUUUUAAAUUCUUAAAAAAGUAAUUGAUUUCUUUAUAAUUUAUCUAUUAUUUACUCAAUAAAAGGAAUUGUAAAUUGAAAAAUA